AUGGAGGGAAUCAUGAAUGGAUCCAAUUUCAUCGUGGGCCGGCCGGAUGACUUGGUCUACCGUAUCCAGAGGAGCAAAAUGGCAAAAGCUAAAGUGGUCCAUCACGACAAGCUCAAGCCUUACCAUUCCAGGACUCCGCUUGAUAAAAAGCUGGGUCUUCUUAAGUGCCGACGAGUGGGCACCACUGGAGCUUCACCAAGCCAUAGCCAGCCUCCUGGCAGCCCUGCCUGGCCUCAGCUGGAUGAGGCCGGGGCUCAGGAUCCUGGUGGGGGACACGUCCAGUGUCUCCCUCCUACCUUCAGCCCACUUCAGAGACCCCGGAGGGUCCGCAGGGCCCCGGACAUGUUUGGUGACUGGUAUAUAAUCCUCCAGAGAUCUCCAGGUACCAGCACACGGCUAAGAAUUUUCUACGGCGACAACAGCCAGCAGAUGGUGGAUGUGGGCACAGAUUACAGCGGCCUCAUUAAGGUGACUUCUGACUGGCAGUGCACGGUACUACACAUCCAGGAUGUCCAGCUGCUGGAUGAGAGGGAGUUCUUCUGCCAAGUCAAUGGACUGGCUGCUGGCAACGCUGAGGGCAAGACUCACCUGAGAAUUUUUGGUGCUCCAAAGGCACCGCCGAUUGAACCUGUCCUUUCUGGAAUCUCUGUAACCAAUGAGAUGCCAUCUAAGGUCGCAUCAUGUGAGGUGCAGAACGGUUUCCCCAAGCCCAAUAUUACCUGGCACAGAAAUGGCAUACCACUAAUGCCUGCACAAGGACGUGUGAACGUGGUGACGCUGGUGACCCGGGAGUCCGGCUUCUACACUGUCCAGAGUGAGCUGCACUACAAAGUAACGAAGGAGGAUAAGGAUUCUCACUUUUCUUGCGAGGUCAGCUUUUUUGUCCCCGGAGCCAUCAGGACGGUCGAAUCAGUGGAAAUUAACAUCACCGUGCACUACCCUACGACCGUGGUUAAGCUUUGGAAAGACUCCCCCCAGGGCUUGGUCAAAGAGGGCGAUACGGUGGUGCUGCACUGCCAAGGCGAUGGCUUUCCCCCACCUCCCUUCAUUUUCCACAGAGAACAAGAGCCAGAAGUAGAGCUGGGCAGCAGCGGUGACACGUUAGUGCUUUCACAAGUGACCCGCAGACACAGCGGAGUUUACCAGUGUCAGCCUCUGCACACACACUCCUCCACCCAGGCCACCGGACAGCUGCAGCUCACUGUGCACUACCUGGACAAGGCCGUGGUGGUACCACAAGAUUCAGAGGUGAUGUUCAGAGGAGAGAGCCUGACAGCCACCUGCAACGCCCUGUCAUCACUGCACACCUCCACCACCUGGUUCAAGGAUGGAAAGCAGGUUGGCAGAGGGCACACGCUGUCCCUGCAGGAUGCCACCUAUGACACGAGUGGGGAGUACGUGUGCCACGUGACGGUUCCUUCGUUCCCUGCCCUGCGGACCACCAGCUCUGUCCACAUCAUCGUCCAAGGUGCUCCCCAGCUGAAUGAAGACAGGGAGGUGGAGAUAGAGGAGGCUACAGGGAGGCUGGUCAACUUAAGUUGUGAGGCCCAUGGCCACCCGCUGCCCACCAUCUCCUGGAACAUUGUUGGCAGUCAGAGGUGGCAUGAAGUGGUGAACAAGGCCAAUGAGCAUGUGACACAGAGCAUGGUGUCCGUCAAGGUGACCUCCGACAUCAGUGCUUUAUGCAACGCCUCCAAUGACAUGGGCGCCGAGAUCAAGACUUUCAACAUCAGGGCGAUUCCCAUGGUCACAUCAUCUUCUUCCUUCUCUGCUGCUGAGGGCAGUGGGGUGGUCAUUGUGGUGAUCAUUCUGUGCAUCCUGCUGCUGGCGAUUCUGGGGAGUGUUUUUUAUUUCUUCCACAAGAAAGGCAAAAUCCCGUGUGGACGCACAGGGAAGCAGGAGAUCACCGGUGAGAAAACCUCCACAGACAACAUAGUUGUGGAGCUGAAGGCCGGCACACACACGGAGGGGGCUGUUCUUCUGAAGGGCACCAGUGGAGUCAACAACGGCCCUAGUGAGUAGUACACGGAGCACCAGAAAUGAUGCAUACGGACAGCCCAGCUGUCAGACGGCCAGAUGAAGACCUUAGUGAGUUUGUGAGGGACCAGACAG